GCCCAAGCUCCUUCAAGGUUUCAGCACAGGUGGAUGAGCAGCUUGAGCUCCCUGCACCAGGCUGCACCAGGGUCAGCUAAGCGGCGACAUGAGCAGGGUCUAGUCCGUUUUUGAAUAUCAAUGAUGCUAUUGCCGAGGCCAACUACCCAUCAUCCACGUUGAAAUUUCCAGAGUGGUCUUUGAUACAUUUAGAUCACCCCAGAAAUCUCAAUACUCUGGUAUCAAGCAGUACUUACUUGAAAGCAAACAAGAUGGGUGAAUCUCUGAUCUUCUCACCAGUUCCAUACCACAUCCUCUCCUACGGUACUCUCCUAGGUACUCAGUUCUUCCAUACCUUCAUCAAUGCUAUAGCUUCAUUCAAGGUGCUGGAACGCCCCCAGUUCGGUCUUCUCCAGCGUGCUAUCUUUCCUGCCUACUUUGGCAUGCAGACCGUCAUCCCUGUCGCGUUGGCCGUAACGUACCCGGCGACCCGAAUCACCCGCAGUGGUAUCAGCGGCGUGCUGGACGAGACGAAUCGAUGGAGCGUGCUGGCACCACUGGCGACAGUAUUUGUGACGGGGUUGAUCAACUGGGCAUAUCUCCUACCGGCAACGAAUGCGGUUACGGCCAAGCGCAGACAGCAGGAGAAGAAGGACGGCAAGCAGAGUUGGGAUGCACCACCGCACUCCCAGGAGAUGGUUGCACUUAACAAGAAUUUCGGGCAGCUACACGGGCUCUCCUCGCUGCUUAACGUUGUGUCGUUCAUCGCAACAGUCACGUACAGCUUCACUUUGGCGUCUCGGUUCCACUAG